GGACAAACUGAUCUAAAAGUACAAGUUAUAUACCUGUAUAAAACAAAACUUACAUGCUUUCAUUGUAAUCCAGACAGUUCCUGACGUCCUCGUCUUGUUAUAGAGAUAUGUGAGUCGAGUUAAAAACUAAAAUAUAUAAACAAAGACUUGAUGGACAACACUUUUGCCAUUUUCGAUUGUAUAGUGUAGUUAUAAGCCACAUAACGAUCCUACGUAUAAAAGAAGGAUUUUCACAGCAAAUACUUACUGCUUCGUUUUCCAAAAGAACCAUUGUAAAUAUUUCGAUACUUUAAAAAUCACGUGCGUUUUGUUGAACUUUUAUAAAUUUUCUAAGUCUUCUAAAAUGUUUUCUCUUGAUAUCGUGUCACUAAAUAAUAGGCUUGGGCACGAAAGUUGGGAUAUUUGGGGAUUUUUGUUACUUUAUGUGGAUAUACAAGGGUAGUUGGGAAUUUGGGGAAUUAUUAAGGUACAUAAUGGGUUAUUAUAGGGACUAAUACACGGCUACUAAGGUACACGAAUGAAUCGUAUAUGGAUAAAUAGGGAUAGGGGUAAUUACAAAGGUGCACAAUUGGAUCACACAAGAGUAAAUUGGGAUAAAUAGGUAUACAAUUAGGUCAUAUGGGAUAAAUAGUGUUAUUAGGGUACACAAAUAGUCAUAUAAGAACAAAUAGGGAUAAAUUUGAGUACGAAGGUACACAAGGCUAAUAUUUAGGAUAUAUGUGGUAAUUGACGAGUAAAAAGGUAUAUAUAGGAAUAUAUGUUAUCAUUCAGGUGCAAACGUGGAUAUAAAAUUCCUUCAUGGAUCCAGCUUCCACUUUGAAUAAUUGAAGAUUUUCUCCGCAAUAGAUUUUUGUCGAAGAAAUAUUUUAGAGAAGUGGAAACAGAAAGCAGAAAAACAACAAAAUGGCUGCAAAUGUGACGUUCCAUUUCACGAAAGAAACGCCAGGAAAUCAAAUGUUCAGUGAUGUUAAAGCUUUAAAUAAGUUUAACGAUGAAGGAUUUAAGAAGUUUGUAGAUCUAGUGCUGCAUUUCUUGAUAGGAUCUACAGAUGGCGAGCGAUUUCUCUCAGAUCUCGAGUCAUUCGCGCAGGAACAUGGGGCAAGUCUGAACCCGUUGAAAAAUAUCACAAAAACAUUGUUGACUUUCUUCAAAUGCGCGGCGAAACAAAAUCUAUCAGCACAGUAUGUGCAGGAGGAUAUGGAAAACUUAGGUACAAGCUUGAUGAUAGUGGCUAGAUAAACUUUAUAUAGGUUACAAUUUUAGUGAAUUUUGGAAGUGUGCCCUCUGCCCUCCAUCCUCUAGGAGCUCAAGUGUCCACAGCCCAUGGGAUACCUCCUGUCCUGUGACAUGAAACUGGAUUUAACCCUGGCUACAUCCUUAUGUAGUUAAUUGAUAAAUAACACCACCUCCCCAAAAAGGAUUUGAUAUCACCCCCCCCCCCUCCCCCCUGAAAUAACACAACCAUAACUGGUGCAAAGUUGGGUCUAGGGUGGGAUGCGAAUUGUUAUGUAACAAUCAGCAUACUUUGUAUUUAGGCUUAUCAAAAGAGAAAACCCCUUAUCUUUUGGAAUCCUGGAAAUCCAACCUGAUUGGGCUAUCUCGUUCCGUCAUGGCGCAGACCUUUAUGGUCAAUCCCCUGGUCGACAUGGAAUGGAAGUUUGGUGUCACUGCCGCUAGCAGCGAUAUGAAGGUUGUCGGCAACUCGUUUUUGCAACUUAAACUUGUGGUCGAUAAAGGCGGCAAGAAAGAGGAUGUUUACAUGGAACUAACUUUGCCCCAAUUUUAUUCAUUUUUGCACGAGAUGGAAAAAGCACGGACUGCAUUAGAGUACUUCAGUUGAAAAUGAAAUGUUCUUUUGGUAAAUUUACCAUAAUUAGUGAGGUCUAUAAAAGUGGAUUCAACAUACAAUAAAUUUUAUACUGCAAUACCAAAAACUAAGUCAUUAAAUUUCAGAAACUUGAGAAUCAAUCAUAUGUCACUUACUGCACAGUCGCUUUAUGUACAACGAAACAUUGUGUAGUGACUUCAUAAAUAUUCUUUUCUUUAUAUCAAACCUUGACAUAUAAUAAUCUUUUAUGAAAAUAAUUCUACUGUUGCAAUAACUAGCAUGCAAGCCGUGACAACAACAAAAUAUAUAACAUGACUGUUGUGCAAAUACUGUACUCCUAGUCAAAUCUAAAGCCCUGUAAUGUACAGCUUGCAAUCCUAUUCUGCUUAAGGCCAGUUGACUUUAAUCCUUGGGGAGAGUCUUUGUUUAUAGCCAGCGGAGCCGCUUACACUGCUAGUGCCAGCUCAGCUGGUGGCAAACCAUUGUCUUUGGAUUGUAAAUUGUAAUGUCCAAAAUUCAUCUUGUUAGCAGGGUCUAUCUGGGAAACAAGAUUACGCUGAUACAUUGACAAUCAAGAGUAAAUAUAUAUAUACAUGUAUAAAAGGAUAUGUUCAGCUCAUGUCAAUAUUUUAUUGGCAAAGAUUCCACCAUGCCUUCACCAGUUCGACCAUCAAAGAAAAAGAAAUUAUCGAUUGGUGCGUCUUUCCCUGAAAGAGCCUAAAAAAUGACGCGACAAAUAUUAAAACACG